AUGACUAACAUCAGAAGAGCUUCAUCUUCAACUCUAAACUUUACACUUUUCUCAAAUGAUGAUGUCCAAUAAUGAUAAUACAAAAGAAACUAAUUAUAAGUUGCCAGAGAUAAAAAAAAAAUUCACCGCCUUGGAGGAUAAGGAAGAUUUUUGGUUUUGGACAAAAUUUGAUUCUUCCUAACAGUGUUUUGCAGAGGAUUAAUGGCGGUCAGAUGAGAUAAAAGUACAUGAAUAGAUAAGCAAAGAAGGCCCAUUACAACUGCCAGGCUCAGGGGUUCCUUGGAGUAGCAUUAAAGACUGUGAUUACCUGCACCACCCGAAAUAAAUGUUUUUAGAGGAAGAAGACUGUGACAAAGAGGAGCUGGAUUUAUAAACACAAAAGUUUGAUGAUUUUUUCUGGUUGAAGAAGAUCAUGGCUUCAACUUUUGAGAUUUUCUUCCUUAAGAUCUUCAUCAUUGUCUUCAUCAUUCUGAGCCUUGUUGCAUCAUUGCAGAGUUCUCACAAGCUGAGAGUUCAUGGCCUACAAGAAGUUGAGAAAGUUUCUGGUGAAGAUGAAAAUGUGCUAAAGGAGGGUUUGAUUUUGCAAAAGUUUCGAGCUUUACUUGGACUGAAAAGGUUCAAAACUCAAACUUGGCCAUUUGGGGGUGGUGAUAAUGAAGAUGCUUCUCUUUCUCCAUCACCUUCUCCAUUGCCUGCCAUUGAAGUCGAGACUCCUGCUCCAGCUCCAGCUCCACCUUUUCAUCUUCAUCCUCAUCAUCCAUCACCGACAUCAAAUCCUAAUCCGCAUCGCCACAAGAUUCCGAAAGAAACUUCUCAUCAAGAGAGAGUUAGGAGAGUUUUAGUACCAGUAGUAGCUUCAGGAGGAGCUGUGUUCUUAGUAUGUGCUCUGGGGCUCACUUGGUUCUGUUGUAAAGUCAAAAAACAUCAUAAGAAGCCUGCAAGAAAAAUGUCGGUGUUGGCGAAAAAGGGAAUAAUGAAAGGUAAAUCUCAGUAUGUGGGUUCUCAGAAAUCAGCCAAAAAGGUAAAUUUAAAUCCUGGACUUGAUCUCUUUUAUCUUAACUCAUUAGGCAUUGAUUUGGAGCAACAAACUUCAUGUAUAAAACAAGUUGAAGAUGAAAAAUUUAUCACAACUGCAAAUUGUGCAUUGCAAGAGAGGGAGGCCAUUAAAUCAGAAUCAUAUAAUGCUAGUGGUUCUUCCACAAGAGAGAUCAAAUCUGUUCAUGAAGAUGUGGAUUCAAUCAAGUAUGAUUCUGAUGGUGGGAAUUCUUCGUCUGGUGAUAAAGUUAUUCCUGUCGAAUGCGAUUCGUCUGAUGACGAAUCUUUUCAUUCGUUUGCCAAUUCACAUUCUUCGAAUAUCCGCCUUUCGAAUGCUUCAGCUGCUAGUCUCAGUGACCCAGCUGAAAUUUCCUCACCAACUGUAGCAAAUAUAUCACAAUCACAUAAGCCUUGUUCAACAAAUUGCACAUCAAAUUCUGCUUUAAAUUUUCCCAAUGAAACCCAACAAACUGUCUGCUAUCACAAAGAGGAAAAUGUGGCAGCCAGAAGCUCUGUAAAUUCACAUGAGAACUUCAAGCCCUCACCCGCGCCCCCUCCAGCGCCUCUUCCGCCUCCGUUGCCUACAAUUCGGGGCUUAUCUCAAUUAGAUUCAUUUUCUUGGGCAGCUAAACGUGCAUCAAAAGCUUCUAGCUCUUCUACAUUGCCAAAUUUGUCAUCUGCUAAGCCUUCAGAAUCAUCUUCAACAUCAAACCAAACUCCACAGAAUGACUUUCCUUUGCCUCAAAAGUCUUCACCGGGUAUUCCUCCUCCUCCUUGCCCACCCCCACUUCCGAAACCAAACAAUAACUCUUUGAAAGGGCCACCAUCGCCGCCAUCUCUACUUCCUCAAUUUAUGCCAAUGGGAAAAGAUGGAUCGCCUCUGCCGAAAUUGAAGCCACUUCAUUGGGACAAAGUUAGAGCGGUGCCUGACCAGUCCAUGGUCUGGGACAAGCUGAGAUCAAGCUCAUUUGAACUGGAUGAAGAAAUGAUUGAGUCACUUUUUGGAUACAAUAUACAAUGUUCAAUGAGGAAUGAUGAAACAAAGAGCAAAACCCCAUCUCCAGGCAAGCAUGUUCUUGAGCCCAAGAGACUGCAGAACAUUACAAUUCUCUCAAAAGCCUUGAAUGUGACGGCGGAGCAAGUCUGUGCAGCACUGAUGAAAGGGGACGGCUUGUCUUUGCAACAAUUAGAGGCACUGGUAAGGAUGGUGCCAACAAAGGAAGAAGAAGACAAGCUAUCUAGCUAUAAAGGAGACAUCAAUGAACUGGGAUCAGCUGAGAAGUUUGUCAAAGCAAUGCUCAGUAUCCCCUUUGCCUUUCAACGGGCUGAAGUCAUGCUUUACCGCGAAACUUUUGAUGAUGAAGUCGUUCAUCUUCGAAACUCCUUUUCAAUGCUAGAGGAGGCCUGCAAGGAACUCAGAUCAAGCAGGCUGUUCUUAAAGCUACUUGAAGCUGUUCUCAAAACGGGCAACCGAAUGAAUGUUGGAACAAUAAGAGGAGGAGCUAAAGCAUUCAAGCUGGAUGCUCUCCUGAAGCUUGCUGAUGUGAAAGGAACUGAUGGCAAAACCACAUUGCUCCAUUUUGUUGUGCAAGAAAUUAUAAGGUCAGAAGGAAUUAGAGUUUCCGAUAGCAUAAUGGGGAAGAUCAACCAGAGAAGCAAGUCGAAAACUGUCGAAGAGAGGGAGGAAGAUUACAGAAGAAUGGGGCUAGACCUUGUAUCAGGUUUAAGCACUGAACUUUACAAUGUCAAGAAGACUGCAACUAUCGAUCUUGAUGUUCUUGCAAGUUCAGUCUCAAACUUAUCAGAAGGAAUGGAUAAACUGCAACAUUUGGUACAAAACAAAUUGUCUUCGGAUGACAAAAAUGGCAACUUUGUGCACUCAAUGAAUGCAUUUUUGAUGUAUGCAAAGAAGAACAUAAAGGCAUUGCAAGAAGAUGAGAGUAGGGUGAUGUUAAAUGUCAAAGAAAUCACUGAGUACUUUCAUGGAAAUGUGGGCAAAGAUGAAGCUAAUCCUCUCAGGAUAUUUGUGAUUGUGAGAGAUUUUCUGGGGAUGUUAGAUCAUGUUUGUAAAGAGCUCAGAAACUUGAAAGUUUCCAGCAGUCCACAUCCUUUGGCUCCAUUCAAAUAGAUUAGAUUGGUUGGCAUGCUUGUGAGAUUCUUCAAUAAUGAUCUUAUCACCAGUAACUGUGUAUUGAAAUAUUGUAUAUUUAAAGUUUUUGAGUGUUUAGUUUGAAUUGGAUUGAUCCCAAGCGCUUCACUUCAUUGGGAUUCAGCAUUGUAAUUUUGCAC